AUGAGGUCAACUUUAAGUCCAGCUUUCACAAGCUCCAAAAUAAAGUUGAUGGUACCUUUCAUGGAGGAAGUUGGCGACCAAAUGAUUAGAGCUUUGAAGAAAAAGAUUACUGAAACUGAUGAUGAAUACAUCGAAGUCGAUUGCAAGGACUUGACACGACGAUAUGCAAACGAUGUGAUUGCAUCUUGUGCAUUCGGUAUAAAAGUCGAUUCACAUUCAGAUGAAAAUAAUGAGUUUUACGAAAUGGGGAAAGCUGCGUCAAAUUUUACUUUUAAACAAAUAUUAUUAGCAUUUUUGGGAUCCAGCUUUCCUAGAAUAAUAAAGAAAUUUAAUUUGUCAAUAUUUGAUAACAAAACAAAAUAUUUUUUUAUGGAUAUCGUUUUAAAUACAAUGAAAGAUCGUGACGCUCACAGCAUCGUCAGACCGGAUAUGAUACAUUUACUUAUGGAAGCCAAGAAAGGUAAAUUAAAACAUGAUGAAAAAGAAAGCCAUGGCAGUGACACUGGUUUCGCUACUGUUGAAGAAUCUGAUUUGGGCAAAAAAUCUAUUGAAAGGGUGUGGUCGGAUACAGAUCUUGUCGCCCAGGCGGUUUUAUUCUUCAUGGCAGGAUUUGAGACUAUUUCUACGGCGAUGUCAUUUGCAUUACACGAAUUAGCUCUUCACCCUGACAUUCAAGACCGUUUGGUCCAGGAGAUCAAACAGCAUCACAAUAAGAACGGUGGGAAAUUGGACUUUAAUUCAAUUUCAAAUAUGGUGUACAUGGAUAUGGUAACAUCAGAAGUUCUUAGGCUAUGGCCACCAGGUCUCGUCUUGGACAGGCUUUGUGUAAAAGAUUAUAACUUGGGAAAACCUAGCAGUGAAUCCACUAAAGACUAUAUUAUUCGAAAAGGCGAGAAUCUUUCAAUUCCUGUAUGGUCCUUCCAUCGUGAUCCUAAUUAUUUCCCAAAUCCUGAAAAAUUUGACCCUGAGAGGUUUUCUGAGGAUAACAAGAAAAAUAUUAACACUCUCGCUUAUAUGCCCUUUGGAGUUGGUCCAAGAAAUUGUAUAGGAUCAAGAUUUGCUCUUUGUGAAUUAAAAGUGUUGCUGUAUCAGAUUCUAUUACAUAUGGAAAUUUCGAUAUCAUCAAAGACUUGUCUUCCUGCAAAAAUUUCAAAAGAGUCCUUUAACGUAAUUCUCGAAGGUGGACAUUGGUUGAGAUUUAAGACACGAAGU